UACAAUUAAGAAGUACAUGGCUUAACUCCUUCAUUUUACAAUUUUUAACACCAUUGACCAUCUUUUUUCUUAUCCAUCAACAAAAUGAUAAGCUUUUCUUACAAAAUGAAUUGUAUGCAGGUUGUGUUACCAAGCCUUGAGGAGCUGCAAUUAUGCUGGAUGAAUGUUAACAUCAAAUGGCUCACUUCAGUAACAUCUUUUUGUGUCAAGAAAUUGAAGAAAUUGAUCAUUCAAGGCUUUGAUAAUUUAGAAUUUUUGUUCUCAUCUUGUGUGGCUAGAGGUCUGGUGAUGCUUGACCGACUUGAAAUAAGGGAAUGCAAGAGGAUGAGAGAGAUUAUUGUCACAGAGAAUGCAGAAGAAAAAGAGAAUUUGAUUUUUCCCAAAUUGAACUACCUAUCGAUAGAAGACCUUCAAAACCUUGUUGCAUUCUACUUAGGAAAUUGUAUUGUUGAAUUCUCAUCCUUGGAGGAUUUGGAAGUACUGAAUUGCCCCGAUUUGAAGGGAUUCACAGUUAAAUAUUCUGAAAGCACAAGUUGCAUAGUUGACAUACAGACACUCUUCAAUGAACAGUGUGGCUCACUCGAAGGGAUAUUUGAAAUUACUGAGUUCAAUGUCAAGCAAACACAUGCUGUAAUUGACACCAAGUUCAAGGAAUUGAAUAUUGAAGACCUACCAAGAUUGAAGCAUGUGUGGAAUAAGGAUCCCCAAGGAAUACUAACUUUUCACGACCUGGAAUUAGUCAAGGUAAGCUAUUGUGAGAGUCUCAAAAAUUUGUUUCCAGCUUCAAUAGGCAAAAACCUUUUGCAACUCCAAAAGCUACAUUUAUAUUGGUGCGGGGUGGAGGAAAUUGUCACAAUGGGAGAACAAUAAGCUGGAGCAAUUGUUAGCUUUGAAUUUCCUCAAGUAAUAAGUCUUAAGCUUGAGGUGCUAACAAGACUACAAUGUUUCUACCCAAGGAAGCACACAACAAUGUGGAAAAUGUUAAAAAAGUUCUAUUUUUCCC